AUGGCGAGCUCGGACAUCCACUACGACGACGACGAUGAUGACUUCGACGGUGACUCUGUUUUCGCGGCUGAAUCUGAUGUCGACUCGAAUUUUGCCGAUUCCCCGGCGGACGGAUACUUUGGCGGUAGAGAACAUCCACAAGACUUGUUCGUCGAGGACUCCUCUGUAUCUGCCGGAGUGCGUGCUGCCCUUGAACCGUAUCAGGCAAGGGACUCCUUGUACCAAGUGACGAGCUGAUGCAGUUGACAGGCGGAGACGAAAGCUAGUAUAGCAUCAGCAGAGCAACCAACUAGCAACAAUCCUUCUUCAGUCGCACACCAGACACGGCAAGAGGCUUCACCUCCUGCAUCUCCUGCCCGAUCGCCCGUCGACAUGCCUUCUGCUAACGCAGACCCUCCACCGGACUACGAGGCAGCUAUUUCCAGCACUUCAGGAACGCAAAGAUCGUCCUACGAUCCGCCAACCUCUGCCAGAGGCCCCAAUCCAUGCAGACAGUUCAUCAGUCACGGCAGUGUCGAAGCUGCGAACUCUCACCGUGCGCUUCCAAACAAUGGCGAUGGAAUGCAAUGGCCGUCUGGAAACCGUGGCAAUCCAUUCUUUCCAGGCUUUCCUUUCGGUGCAACUGGGCCUCCACUUGGUCCUUUCGCUCCUGGAGGACCAUCGACCCAUCAUCUUCAAAGCAUGAGUGAUCCUGUUCGGCAGAUCAGCCAUUCCCACGAGGAGACUGGCCUCUUGUCCAAUACGCGUAGCCAACGCGGGAAACGUGGGCAUGGGUGUUGCAGCGGGUGGCGCAAGCCCACCUCCAUUUGUAACAUUAUGCUGCUGUUAGUGCUGUUGGGUCUGGUGUUACUACUAAUGGGAGGUUCGAAUGAAGCCAGCGGAGAUGGCGGCGACAACCAUAGCGACGAGCCUCACGCGAAAAGACCUGUUCUCAAGCCGACACCGGACCAGCCGUCGAAACCAGACGUGCCUUCUGCUCCACCACUGGCAAGUUGUCCCUAUGCACACUACAGCGAGACCGCGACGUUCGACUUUCCGGAGAUACAAAACUUCUCCUUCGUCGAGUUCAUGGAAUCGAAUCACCUCUCAGGCGGCGUGCGUGGCACCAUAGCGAUUCAGCCAGCUCGCAAUAAGCAGGACGUCGAUCUCAGACUGUCCGUUACCUAUGCGCUCACUAGUCCUUGGAUGGUUGCGAGCUCAAACUAUGUUCAGACGGAGGACACGUUCAUUCUACAGACACCAAACCUUCAGGGAAAUCACCAAGGUCAGUCAACCUUGACUUGAAACAAUUCAUAGACAUGGCUGAAUACCUUGCAGAUUACUCCAGUAGACCGUGUAUGUGGGUCUUCGCUCGCAUGGAGAUCCGGCCAGGCGUAGCGAUCCAUACUUGGGAGCUCAACACAGGCAAUCUCAAUAUCAAGGUAGAUGAUGGCCUGUUCAACCAUACGAGAUCCAGCCAGCAGCCCCCGUACUUGCAAGUGACUGGAUCGUCUACUUUCAACGCCGUCCGUGGCAGCGCCGAGUUUGGCUACUGGUCUUCGAGAGAAACGGUCGUUGAAGUGAUCGCCGGCUCCAUUACCGGGACCUUUGCCCUCAGAGAUCUCCUCUCCCUGAAGACCCAAGCUGGCGCCAUCACGGUCAACGUCGAUCCCCAAAAAGCAGACCCAGAUCGUCCACGACCCGCAGAAUUCGUCGCAACAUCCAAGUCGGGAUCUAUCAAGACCAACUUCCCCACAUCCGGCUCCAUCCCGGAAAGGGAAUACAAAACUCGCGUGGAGACGUCUUCUUCUUCUGUACAAGGAAGCUACAUUCUCGGAGCAGUCACAUCUUUCCGCACGCACGCGGGAAGUAUCCACGCGGAUCUGCUCCCUUUCUUCGACAGGCGAGAGCCUUCGACGACACUGCACACCGAGACGAUUGCCGGCUCGACAAGACUGAAUGUCCUCACGCCUUAUGGAUACCCCGGUGAGCCCUGGAAGGCGCCGUCUGUUCACAAGUCUGUCUCUACCAGCGGUUCCAUCAAUGUGGUGUACCCGGGAGAAUGGGAAGGCAAUAUCGACUGUUCCUCCCUCAGCGGCAGUAUUCACGUCGAGGGCAGAGGCGUUCAGGUCACGAGGGACGAGAAGCUGGUGCCCAUGCGCUAUGUGGCAGCGAAGAAAGGGACUGGACAGGGCAAGGUCGAGCUCAAGAGCACUAGCAGCAGUAUUCGGAUGCGCGUGGGGUAA